AUGGGAACCGGUCGUCGCAUGAAGAAGCAGGGCCCUCCUGAGCGCCUGUCCGAAGAACAUUUCGCGAAGCUGAAGCGCAAGAAGGGCCUCCCAGCCGACACCCCAGAAGAAGCCCCAACCAAGAAGCGAAGGACGAACAAGGCCGACUCUGCCCCAAAAUCGAACGGGGCGAAGAAGGCUGCCACGGCUGCGAAGCCAUCUGCCCGGCAACAGAACGGCCCCAAGCUCAAGGGCAAGGAGAGCAACAGGCAACCCUCCAGGUCAAAGAAGGCUGCCGUGCCGGAACCCGAAGGAUACUCUGAUAUCGAGAUCGACGACGAGUUUGGCGACUCGGACCUGGAAGGAAAGGACCUGUCGGAUUCAGAUGAUGACGAGCCUGUAAAGCUGGGGGACGAUUUCUUGGGAUCCGACUCGGGCGACUCGGUGUACGACUCCGACAAUGACAGAAAAAAGGAGGAGUUCGUCUUCUCUGAGGACGAGGGCGAUUCGGACGCGGAGGAGCAACUGACGGCUGCCAACAUUGAGGGCUUGUCGAGGAAGCUCGACAAGCAAAUGGAAGAGGAAGCUGCCGAUGCACAAGCAGAGCUGGAGGAGGCUGCGCUACAGACAAACAUCGGUGGCGACCCGCUUAAGGUGCUCGAUGAAGAGGAGGAAGAGGCAACGGACGCGAAGAACAAGGCUUUGCUGGCACCCGACUUGCAGCUCCUGAGGAACAGGAUAACGGAAAACAUUCGCAUACUCGAGGACUUUUCAAAACUGGCCGAGGAAGGAAGAUCAAGGGCUGAAUACACCGCACAGCUCAUCAAGGACAUUUGCGCCUACUACGGCUACUCAGAAUACAUGGCCGAGAAGCUCUAUCACCUCUUCAGCCCGUCAGAGGCAUUCGACUUCUUCGAGGCCAACGAGAGCGCUCGGCCAAUGGUCAUCAGGACAAACACCCUGAGGACCAAUCGAAGGGAUUUGGCGAGUGCUCUCAUCAACCGUGGUGUCACCCUCGAGCCCGUUGGAAAAUGGUCAAAGGUCGGCCUGCAAAUAUUCGAGAGCAACGUGCCCCUCGGAGCAACACCAGAGUACCUCGCGGGCCACUACAUCAUCCAAGCAGCGUCCUCUUUCCUCCCCGUCAUGGCUCUUGCGCCCCAAGAGAACGAGCGAGUGCUCGACAUGUCCGCUGCGCCCGGUGGUAAAACGACACACAUGGCGGCCCUGAUGCGCAACACAGGAUGCAUCUUUGCGAACGAUAUGAGCAAGUCCCGUGCCAAGGGUCUGAUUGGAAAUAUCCACCGUCUGGGCUGCAGAAACGUGGUAGUCUGCAACUAUGACGCGAGGGAAUUCCCCAAGCCCAUCGGCGGCUUCGACCGCGUCCUGCUCGACGCGCCCUGCACCGGUACCGGUGUCAUUGCCAAGGAUGCCAGCGUCAAGACCAACAAGACGGAGAAGGACUUCAUGGCCAUCCCGCACACUCAGAAGCAGCUUCUGCUUGCUGCCAUCGACUCGGUGAACCAUCAUAGCAAGACGGGCGGUUAUAUUGUCUAUUCUACAUGUUCCGUCUCAGUAGAAGAGAACGAGCAGGUGGUCGCGUAUGCCCUGGCCAAACGCCCCAACGUCAAGCUCGUCGACACCAACCUGCCGUUCGGGAACGAAGGGUUCGUGUCCUACCGCGGCAAGACGUUCCACCCCUCGCUAAAGCUCUCCCGCCGCUACUACCCGCACACGUACAAUGUAGACGGCUUUUUCGUCGCAAAGUUCAAGAAGAUUGGGCCCACCCCGGUCAAUGCCGUGCUCGCGGACCGAAGCGGCACAGCCAAGGAGAGGGCCAACGGCGGCAAGCAGCAGCAGCAGCAGCAGCACGAUGAGGACGAGGAGGUCGUUGACAAGACGCCCAUCGGCCACGACGAGGAAGAGGUGGAUGAUGAUUUCGGCGGGUUCGACGAGGACGAGGAUGAGAAGAUCAUGGAGCGUGCCAAGAGGAACGCCAUGAGGAGGAGGGGUCUAGACCCCAAGGCGCUCAACAAGAACAAGAACAAGGAGAAGAAGGAUACCGCUGCUGGUGCUGAUACCGGCACUGACUCUGACGCCAAUGCUGCUUCUGCUGCUCCCGCCCCAGCCAAGAACAAGACCAAGUCUAAAUCCAAAAAGACGUCCAAAUAG